CGUAGCUCGUAGGGCGGCGCUCCGCCCAACGCGAGCCGUAUAAAAGCGCGCGCGGAGGCUUCCACGGCACUUCGCCAUCCACCACCGCCGCAACCAGCCACCACCGACACUGAGAUGACCAUGAUGCGUGUUGCCGGCGGAGCGCUGGCCGUGACCCUCGCGGCCCUCCUGGUCUGCUGCAAUGCUGACCCUCAUCAGGAACAGGACGUCAGCACCGCCGAGCAUAACUCCGACCGCUUCGACUCCGGUCACAAGACAGACGCGCAGGGCAGUCUCGUGAGGCAAGUUCGUGAGACCCACCACUCCGGCCUUCUGCCUUACAUGGCUCGGCGAUACGACAGCAACCCGUACAGUGACCGGCAGAUGUGGGCGCUCUCGGGAGGCUACGGAUAUUACGGGGAGCCCCCCAAGCGCAAUUUCGACGAGAUCGACCGAUCCGAUCUCGGCUUCAUGAGGAAGCGCAACUUCGAUGAGAUCGACCAGACGUCGAUGCCUUUCCCCUACGCCAAGCGAUUCUACCACAUGUUUGGACCCAACUACCUAGACACCCCUGUGUGGAGUAGACUUCAAAACCCCAACUACAAGUCCAUCUACGAUAAGAAGAGGAACCGACCAGAGUACCCUAUGGACGAAAUCGACCUGUCCCAGUUCCCCAUUGGCUCCAAACGGUCCAUGAAUUCUUUCCCCCUCUCCCCCCGCGCCCGGCGCUAAACUAACGAACACAUGGCCCUUUCUGUGAUGCACAUUUGUUUUCACUAUCUAACCCACGGGGAAUGCUAAGAGAAAAGUGGACGAGUCACCUGUAAUCGCCUUUUCAAUUGUAGUCUUAUUUUCCGCCCUGGAUAUCAAAGUAGGUACAUAAUUACAAAUAUUUUCGCAUUUCAUAAUUGUUAUGAAAUCGGUUUUUAGGUUUUAUUUCUUAAAAUAAUAAUGAUACUUAAAAGUUGAACGUAGAAGCCAAUAGUUUUGGUUUAUAUACAUAUCGAACUAUAUAAAAAUGUUUUUCGUAAUGUUGAUAUCCAGAGAGGAAAACGGGGUCAACAUUUCUAUGGACAAGCGUCUAUCUUUUCUUCUUUAAGGAAUAGUUACAUAAACAACUAAUGUUUGAAAUAUACUGAUGUUUUUAAACAAUUUGAAAUCGUUGGUAAAUAUUCCCGUGAAGUACGUUUUUGGACUGAGCUGACUUUGAUAUCCCUUUAUGAUGUUACGUCCAUAUAAAUAAUCCAUGGUGUUCUGGUUAUAUCAUAUAAAUAGAGUUUCUAUUAAUUCUUAUCUAGUAACAAGUACAUAGUGUAACUAUUUGUGCUGUUUUCAAUCGGGUACUUAUAAUAUUGCAAGUUGUUAAUAAGGAAAUUCAAUAUUAAAUCGAUCUUAUCGACAACCGGCAAUGUGGUACCUUUUGAUAGAAAUCGUCACAUUUAUUUGUUAACCCGUUAAUUGUAACUAAGAUAAAAUGUAAUAAAAAUACAAGUGUUUAAAUUGACGUUAGUUAAAAAAAUAUGCAAAUAUGAUAACUUUAACUAUUGUUAAGGAGAGGGAGGUUUCAAUUCUCUAGAUGUUUAUCGAUAUUAUGCAAAGAGUAUUAAUUAUUAUAAAUACCUUAAAGAUGUACCUGUAAAUUAUUUUUCUCGUGUUUACGUAAGAUGCAUGGCAUGUACUAAUUUUAUUUUAUUUAUUUUUAUUAUAAAUAUAUUUAUU